UUAGAAUCGAGCCAAAAUAAGAUUACUACAGUCUGUCUGGACUUGGACCCAAUAUAAUGAAUUGAUUGAUUAGAUGGGUUCCUCAUGACCCGAAUUGAUGAUAAGUAAAUACGUAAAAAAAAUGUCUUGCUUUGCAUAAAGGAGUCAUUGAGAAUUGUGGAUGCAUAAAUGUCAGAUAUAUUAUUUAGUUUGUAUCAGAAAAAUGUUGGCUUAAAUUGAACUUGGGCAAUUUCUUGAGCAGUCUUCAUAGAAAAUCGUUAUUUUUACAAGAAAUUUUGGCGAGAUUUUGGCGGAUUUACAUUGUGGAUGAUAUACUUUUUGGAGUAGCAAUUUCAAUCUUUGUGCAGAUUCUUAUAAAAAAAUAUAUAAAAUAGGUAAUAAUUCUUGAGAUAUUUUGGAAGUCGUGCUACGAUAUAUUAAAAAUUCGUGCAAAAAGUGGUUCGCGAAUUCACAUUGGAAAAAACUGCGAAUGUCUAAAAUAAGUACUCAAUUUUGGACAGAUUUAGGUAUAAAAAAAUUGCAAAAGUUUUUUUUCUAAGUGAAUUGUCGCCAAGCUAAAAAAAAUUGCGGAAGAUUAUCAUCCCUAUCAAAUUUUGGCGUUAAAAAGUGAUCUGUGAAAAUCUCGCCAGAAAAAUGGUUCGCGAAUUCACCUCAGAAGAAAUUGUAAAAAUAGGUCAGUUACGUUCCCUCCUGAUCGCCGAAAAGGCGUCACCCCCACCCAACGAGACCUUUGAGGACGACUAUUACCUCGUAAAAUGGCUCCGCGCCAGAAAUUUGGACGUUUCCAAAGCCCACGAAAUGUUACUGGCGUCGCUCGCGUGGCGUCGAGAGAACAGAAUCGACGGGAUUUUAGACCGAGAGGGCGAAGUUCCUGAAAAAUACAAGAAAACCAACCCGACCGGAUAUUUUGGGGAUGACGAGGACGGAAAUCCCAUCCUUUGCUUGCCCCUCGGUCGCUACAAAAAUCGCGACACAAUAGCGGAUAUUGGACUGCAGGCAUUUCUACGAUUUUACUUUGCGUGGAUGGAAUCCGUGGCGAAUUUCUUGAAAGAAAAGGAGGCCGAAACGGGCAAGAAAGGAUUACAAAUUAUUCAGUUGGUCGAUAUGGAGUGUUAUUCGAUCAGGGAAAUCAUGUAUCAACCGGUUCGCGAAUUUGUCAAGGAAUCGCAGGCCAUUCUCAGCGCGAAUUAUCCGGAAUCUUUGAAGGUCAUGUUGAUCAUUAAUGCGCCCAGCGUGUUCGCCCUGGCGUUCAAACUGGUGAAGCAUCUCCUGCCGAAAGAGACCUUGGCGAAGAUCGAUAUUUAUGGUCAGGACGAGGAGGAAUGGAAACGCGUCCUGAGGUCAAAGUGUGCACAAUUGAAUAAAGUUCCCGUCCGGUGGGGCGGCACGCUGAUAAGCAAGGACAUCUUUGGGGCGGAGGGGACGGAGGCGUGUGUUUGGAGUCAUGGACCAAUUGCCUUAUCGUUCUUUACAGAUGACGUUAUCGACUCCCACGGCUUCAAAAAGGUGAAAGUCGGAGCACGCGACAAGUAUAAAAUGGACGUCUUCACAACCUCUUCAAGAUCCGAGAUCCGAUGGCGUUUUAACACGGAAGAUCACGACAUUGGAUUUCAAGUCGUGUGCCCACGUGGUUCCACGCUCGUGCCGUGGCGUCGCCUUGACUCGCACAAUUCGAUGCAGGAGGGAACCAUCACGUGCGAAACGGUGGGUAAGUACCAGCUCGUUUUCGACAACAGUUUCAGCUACACCAAGGCGAAAAUGGUCAAGUAUUAUGUCCAAGUCGUGGAAGAGGGUGAAGAUGAAGACGACAAUUUACAAGAUGUCGAACUAAUUGAUACCGGAUAUGAUCAUCAUUUUAGCGAAAGCAUGGUUGAAAAUAUUUAAGGGUUUAUUAUUGACAGGUUAAAUUUACGAGGAUGUCCGAUGAAUAGGUGAAAUGUCCGUAUGAAAUGCAUAAUGCAAAUCUAUAAAAAAUGUUUUUAUAGGAUGAAAACUUUAGCGUCAUUAGUCAAAUAAAUGAAAUACAUUAAUUCAAGUGUGUAAGUAGAUUUCUUAAGAAAACUGGAUAUUGUUUCCUGAUUAGAGGAAUUGUAUGAAAAUAAUCAGGAAUUUUAAAAUUGAUUUUAAGAAAUAAAAAUCAAUGUAUAUAUAUAAGUUGUGGACGAUUUGGAUUUACAAAAAGCCGAGCUAAUUGAUAUCGGAUGUGAUCAUAUUUUGUACAGGAGAAAGUGUGAAUGAAGUUUUGAAAAAAAUAAACGUUAUUAGCGCGACAAUUGUUUAAUAAA